CCAUCGUCCAACGAACCAUCGUAGACGACUUCCCAUCGCUUUCCCCCUUCCCGGAGGCUCGCAUGCUGGCCGCCGUGCUCCGCGGCCCGGCCUCCCCGAUCCCGCCCCUCUUCCCCGCGCCGGCGCGCCCCCUCAUCCACCUCUCUCGCCGCCUCCCUGCCGCGCCCAUGGCCGACGCCAAGAAGACCGACGCGCCCCCGGCCCCGGCCCCGGAGCCGCCCGAGAAGCCGCUCCCGGGGGACUGCUGCGGCAGCGGCUGCGUGCGCUGCGUCUGGGACAUCUACUACGACGAGCUCCAGGACUACCAGAAGGCCCUAGCCGCGCACGAGGCCGCCAGGGAACCCAGCGGCGACAAGGCCGCCGCUAAAGACGACAAGGCGAAAUCGUGA